UCAGACAUCAAAUGACGCGGACAUAGUCGCUAAUCUAUUAAUAGAGCAUCAUGAUCCUUAUCAUACUAAGGAAUCCUCUCUACAUCAUCUCAAUGGUAUAAUAAUUUAUACUGAGUUGGUUCAGCAAACUCUAAUUAGAUUGAAAAAUGUACCGAAAAUUGCAUUGGAUUUCUUUGUUUGGGCAAAAGAACAGCCAGGUUACCACCAUGACGGGGUUUCUUAUGAUAUGUUGAUCGAUAUCAUGGGAAAAGCACGACAAUUUGAUGUCGCUUGGUAGUUGCUUCUUGAAAUGGAUCAGCUAGGUGAUAAACCGACUUCGAAUACUUUCGACAUUUUGUUUCGGAGAUUAAUAGCUGCAGGACUUACAAGGCAAGCCAUCCAAGCUUUUGAUGACAUGGAGAGGUUCACAAAAAGGGAAACUGAUAGAGAAGAUUUUGUUGACCUUCUUGACACUCUGUGUAAGUAUGGAUAUGCUAAGGUGGCUACAGAGGUCUUCAACGGAAGGAAAUUCAAAUUUGAACCGGAUACACAAAUGUAUACAGUUAUGAUUUAUGGUUGGUGCAAAUUAAAUCGACCCGAAGUGGCAGAGAAAUUCUUUAGAGAAAUGGUAGAUCGUGGAUUUGAACCGAAUGUUGUUACCUAUAAUGUUCUCUUAAAUGGAAUUUGCCGUAGAACGGUCUUACACCCAGGAACUCAUUUUGAAGGGAUCAUUCAAAAAGCUGAGAACUUGUUGGAUGAAAUGCAGAAGAGGGGAAUAGAACCAGAUGUGACUAGCUACUCUAUUGUUCUUCAUGUUUACAAUCGUGCACAUAAACCAGAUUUAUCGCUUGAUAAGCUGAGUUUGAUGAAAGAAAAAGGGAUUUUCCCAACAGUAGCAACCUAUACUUCAGUUAUAAAAUGUCUUUGUUCAUGUGGAAGGCUCGAAGAUGCUGAGGAGAUCCUUAAUGAGAUGGUUGCUAAUGGAGUAAGUCCAUCUCCUACAACUUUUAACUGUUUCUUUAAGGAAUUUCAAGGGAGGAAACAUGCUGAUAAUGCCUUGAAAUUGUACAAGAAGAUGGGAGACUUGUCAUGUACGCCGAGUUUGUCCACAUAUAAUAUAUUAGUUGGAACAUUUUCAAGGUUGAACAAGAUGGAUAUAGUUCAGGAGAUAUGGAAUGACAUGAAGGAGAGUGGAGCUGGUCCAGAUUCGGAUUCAUAUGCGUUGUUGAUUCAUGGGUUAUAUGAGAAACGUAGGUGGGAAGAAUCUUGUGAGUUUGUCCUGGAGAUGAUAGAGAAUGGAUUUCUUCCGCAAAAUAUCACAUUGGAGAAGUUGUACAAAGGUUUAACACAAGCUGAUAUGUUGACGACUUGGAGAAGAUUGGAGAAGAAACUUGAAGCAUUUUCACCUAAACCCUUGUAGCCUUCUAGGAGUUGAUAAAAGAUGGAUGACAGUAUGACUUGGAAGUUAGAAGCUAAGAACUGUAGGUGGCUCCUUUGUGAUGGAAAAGAACAAAUUCAGAGGCCUGACUCUUUUGCUUGGUACAUCUGUAACUGCUGGAUCCUGUGCAUAACCAUUGUUUAGUGACUUCUCCAUGAUUGAAUCUUCCAUGGAAUACCGCCUCAGCACCUGUUGAAAACUUGGUUUGGAACAAGCCUUUCAACAGAUGGUUUGGUUUGUGUGCAUUAGCUUCGCAACUAAGGUCCUUCCUCUACUCUUUCUUCCACUGCCUAUGGUUCUUGGUAAGGAGUCUAUGGUUUACUUGCGUUUAUGACCUGCUCUGCUCUCUCUUCAACCAAGUCAUUUAGUUCUAUAGGGUGAUGCAUGGUCUACGACUUGGCUAUUGAAUGAAUCUGAUGCAGGUUUAAGAUCCUCUGAAAUUUGAAAGGCUCAUUAUGAGGUUUGCACAUUCUUAGAACAUUAGUUAGUUUGGCUGUUGUUUGUGGUGUAACAAACAUUUUUAUUAUGA